AUGGAACACCUCGUCGGCUUGGAGCACCAGCUGCAAGUCUCGCGCGAGAGCGCGCUUCUGGGCAACUACGAGGCGUCGCUCGUACACUUUGACGGCGCCAUCUCGCAGGUGCAGCGCUACCUGCGGACGCUCGACGACCCGGCGCUGCGUGCAAAGUGGCUGCGGGCGAAGGAGGACCUCUCGGGCGAGUUCCAGAUUGUCAAGGAGAUCGUGGCCGAGCUCUCAAAGCUCCGCGCCGGCAGCAAGGCGGUCCCGCCUCCGACGGCCGCGGCGCCGCCGCCGUCGCAGCUGUUGCUCCGGCCGGACCCCGUCGCGGUCGUCGGCGGCCCGAGCGGCGCGGCGCAGCAGCGUGACCCGGACGUUUGUGCGGCGGACGCGGAGCUGGCGAGCAUGAUCGAGCGCGACAUCCUCGAGCGGAGGCCGUCCGUGCACUGGGGCGACAUCGCGGCCUCGAGGAGGCGAGGCGCUGACGAGCCGUGUGCGUGA